GUUCACAACAAAGCAAAGCAACAGCAAGGACCUGUGAGAGAGGACUCUGUGCUGUAGUAUACAUAAGAAAGCAGCAGUGAGACUGCGUUCCGAGGUAUUAUACGUAGAUCGCUUGUUUGCAGCCAUGGAGCAGCCUCACUCUGCCUUUCUGAUUGCGGCAUGUGUGGCAGCUGUGCAUUCUGCCGCUGCUCUAGUUUUUGCUUACUUCUCAUUCUCCGUGCAGAGUGUGGCAUGUUCUUUGCCCUUGGUUCUCUUCGCCUCUGCAUUGGCUGCUCGUGCCAUCCGUGGUGAUCCCGUCACCUUGAAAGGCAUCGAAAUUGGACUGGGAGAGAAGGGGCUGUUUCACCAACUGGUGGAUGUCAUGAAUAGCCGCCAGGAUCGACCUCGUUUUCUUUUUGUUGCGAUGCCUAUCAACCAUUUUGGAGAAAGGAUUCGCUGGUCUCUCGAUUUGAUCGGCGCGCCCUAUGAAGAGUACACAUCGGGAGGUUUGAUCUCCGCUUUCCUGCGCGGCCGUAGCGUGCCGCAACUCAUAGACCGAAAGUCCUGCAGCAUGAUUGGCAACAGCGAUGAAUGUCUUGCAUACCUCAGUGCUGCAUAUGUCCCCAGCAUCACGAAUUCCAGCCUCCGUUCCAAAGCAAUCUCAUUUCUGCGGACGGAUGAGCAAACCAUGGCCUGGGAUGUGAAGCUUAAUCAGCUGGGGCACCUUGUGCAAGGCUGGGCUUACUUCUAUGUCCUGGACCUUGACACGACACCAGAAGGAUGCUUGAUAGCUUGGGGUGCCUACGAACCCAAGGUGCCUUUCUUCCAUCGCCUCAUCCUGCAGUUGGCGCAUCCUUUCUUGAGGCGUUUUAUGCGGAUGGCAUUUGAUUUGUCGAAGAAAGAGGUGCGAGACAGCCGGCGGAAGAUGAUUGAUGCAAUUUUGGAUGAAGCUGACACUACCCUUUCAAAGCAGAAGUAUUUGACGGGAGAAUCCUUGUCUCAUGUUGAUAUCACAUUUAGCGCCCUGCUUGCCCCGCUACUUGCUGCACGUUUGGUUUGGAGUCCUCGAUCAUACUACGCAAAUGGCCGGUUCACCUCAUUCAAUGGCGCAAUGAACCGGAUGUUGGACAAGUGGCCUAGGGCACUUAGUGAGUUUGAACAAAGCCUCAUGGAGAGGCCUUGUGCGAAACAUGUCAUAGCACUCUAUGAGAACUUGAGGUCAAAGCAACUCUAGCACCUACUCAGAUGCUCAGCGCAGAGCCACGAAGGAACAACGUGCGAACAGGUUGCAAUGAUCAUUUUGUUGCGUGUGAGAGCCUUCAGACUACUGCACUAUGUGGCCAUUUGCCAAUUUGCCCUCCAUGCAUGUUUGAAAGUACUGUAGUAUUUGUUCUAAC